AUAUCAAAUGCCUUUGUCUUUCUUGAUUUCCAGUUUCUAUCUGAACACAAACUUCUUGGAAAUAUCAAGAAUGUGGCAAAAACAGCCAAGAAAGAGCAGCUCAUUGAGGCGUAUAACCAGCUGUUUGAGAGCAAGAGGUUUAAGGGCACAGACGUGGAUGCUGUGACUGAACAGGUUCAAGCUGCUAAAAUCAGCGACGCUCCCAAAGAAACCAAGAUGGAGCCGGUGGACGAGGGGCCUCCGAAGUUCACAAAGACCAUCCUGAAGAAAGGAGACAAGGCCAACUUCCCCAGGAAGGGAGACACUGUGAGCUGCUGGUACACUGGGACGCUGGAGGACGGGACUGUGUUCGACAGCAACAUCCCUGCGAGUGAGACACGCAUUUGACACGCUAACCUCAACACACAUAUGACACGCUAACCUCAACACACACUAA